AUGGGUGACUACACCAUGUCCAACGAGGAGUGGGAGGAGGUCGCCCAAGAUAUCCCCUCGCUCUCUGAUCCUUUUGUCCAGAAGUAUCUUUCCGGUCGCGCCAGCCUUAUCACCCAGGAGAAGACAAGCCGGUCCGAUGCUUCUUUCAAGGCAUCUCUGUCGCCUAUCGCCCAGCGUGCCUGUGCCAUCGUCGAAAACAUCCGAGACCAGGAGAACGCCACCAUCUGGACACCCCAAGUCGAGGAGGACCUCGCCCAGCAGUCGAAUGAAUGCAUCUUUCCCGGAAUGAUGUUUAUGCUUGCCAAGGACCGAAUGGAGAGGACCAACCUUUGGAAUAUUGUCCGGCGCAUGCCCAAGGGCUCUCUGCUACAUGCUCAUCUGGAUGCCAUGGUCAACUUUGACUUCCUCCUGGAUGAACUAUUGCGGACACCUGGGAUGCACAUGUCGAGUGACCGACCCCUCACUUCAAAGGCAGCGAGGGAGGAUGCAGCCCCGAAUUUUCGCUUCAGAGCCCAGGAACAGACCGAAGGCUCAAUUUGGGACGAAUCCUACAAGCCAGACACCUUCAUUCUGCUUACAAAAGCGGCAGAUGAGUUCCCGGAUGGCGGACGACCAGGGUUUCUCAAGUGGCUCAAGGGCAGGUGCACUCUAUCGACCGAAGACGUUCAUGAACAGCACCAUGGCAUCGACGCAAUCUGGGUCAAGUUUGGCAAAUGCUUCGUAGUUGUUGCAACCAUUAUCCACUACGAACCCAUGUACCGUGCCUUCCUGCGUCAGCUCAUGAAAGCUUUGAAAAGCGACGGCGUGAAUUGGGCUGAGCUUCGGUUUACCUGGCCGCUAAACUACUGCCGUGACCGCAAAGAAGAGCCCGAGCAGGACUACAUUCACAUGUUCGAGGUGCUUGAAGAAGAGAUUGCCCGCUUCAAGAAGUCGCCUGAAGGCCAGGGCUUCUGGGGACUGACGACCAUCUGGACCACACUUCGCAGUUGGCCUACUCGACUGAUUGUGGAAAGCAUGGACCAUUGUAUUGCCACCAAGAUGGCUUUCCCUCAUCUCAUUGCUGGUUACGAUCUUGUGGGCCCUGAAGACUUGGGUCGCCCAUUGUCCGACCUACUGCCAGAGUUGUUUUGGUUCCGUAAACAGUGCGCCCAAGAGGGUGUGAACCUCCCUUUCUUCUUCCAUGCCGGAGAGACCCUUGGCGAUGGCACGGAUACCGACUCUAACCUUUUCGACGCUGUGCUGCUGGGAACACGACGAAUUGGCCACGGAUACAGUCUCUUCAAGCAUCCUCUCCUAAUCGACAUGGUCAAGGAGAAACGCAUUCUCAUUGAAUCAUGCCCGAUUUCUAACGAAGUCCUUCGCUUAUGCGGCUCGGUCACAGCCCACCCGCUUCCCGCUUUGCUAGCGCGAGGAGUUCCAUGCAGUCUUUGCAAUGAUGACCCAGCCAUGUUGGGCCAGGACACGGCCGGCAUGUCGCACGACUUUUGGCAAGCGCUUCAAGGUUGGCAAAACUUGGGCCUUGCAGGUUUAGGCAGCCUAGCCGAGAACAGCGUCAGGUGGUCAGCUUUUGAGGACCAAGAUCAAGCAGAGUGGGUGAAGGGGAUCAAGGAAGCCAGCCUGGGAUCGGGCGUGAAGGCCAAGAGACUGCAGGAAUGGCAAGUGGAGUGGGAGAAGUUUUGUCUAUGGAUUGUCACAGAAUUUGGAGAGGAAUUUGGUCCUGAAGAAGCAGAGGCGGAAGAAAAACAGGCCGUUUAG